UCAUCGCUUUCAAAAACGUACAGUAAUAUUUUUGUGACUUUUUUUGGACAUUUUUACUAUUUUGAAGCAGAGAUAUCAAAAUGUUUAGCUGGCUUGGCUAUGGGCAAGGUACAGAGAAGCAACAAAACGAAGAUAAGAGCGAAAAGUUGCCAGAAAACGAAAACCAAAUGAGCUCAGAUGCUGUGGAAAAUAAGAACAGUGAUGAUGAUAAUGCAACACAAGAAAAAGAAAGCUCAAAUGCUACUCAAAGUGAACUUGAUUAUGCCAAAGAUAUGGCCAAGAAUGUUGGAAGUUUCUUAUUCAGCAUGGCGAGUGCUGCAUCAUCAACUGCACUCAAAGUGAAAGACACCAUGGAGCACAAAUCUAUUCUUGGCGAAUUCACCAAAGAACAAGAGAAAUUUAUCAAAGAAAAGCACAAGAGAAAAGAGGCUGCAGUUGCCCCUUGGGUGGGAUAUAACGAAGAGGAGUCAAUGAAGUCCCAGAUCUUGGCUUUAUCAACAGAUGAGCGCAACUUUCUACGGGACCCUCCCUCAGGAGUUCAAUUUUACUAUGAACAUGAUAACAUGUUCCCUGUUGCCUUGGCAACUCUUGAAGAAGAUGAGAAUCUGCAGAAUAUGAGAUUCAACCUUGUUCCAAAAAAAGUAAAAGAGGAAAGGUUCUGGAGGAACUACUUCUACAGAGUAUCUCUAAUCAAACAAUCAACACAACUGACAUCAUUGGCUGCAAGUGGUUCAGAGAAGACAGCUACACAAGCAGAAACUACUGAAGGCAAAGCAGAAAUAGAUUCGGCUUCUACGCCACCACAAGUGAUUCCUGCUCGUACUGAUGAUAGCAAACAGCAUGGACAUAUAGAUGUGUUGCCAGACAGUCCUACUCAACACGAAUUUAUCAGCGACGAUUUUGUACAUCAGGACACACAUCAUGAGUUAAGUCGAGAAGACCUACAACAGAUUGGAAUGGAUCGAAAGGAGCAGACAUCAGAUACAAGCAGUUCAAAGCCCUCGGCAACCAAACCCAUUGAUUUAGAUCCACCUCCCGAAGACGACAUACCUGAAUGGGAAAAAGAAUUACAACAGGAAUUACAGGACUAUGAAGUGGUUGAUGAAGAUGAAAACGGUGAAUGGGAAAAAGAAAUCGAAGAUAUGUUAGAAGCUGAAAGCUGAGAUGAAAGAAUAAAAUGCAAUGGUGAUGUUUAAUCCUUUAAAUUAAUACUAUAAUAUUGUUUUUAUUGGAAAAGAUAGAGUGCAAACAGUAAAAACCAUGAAA